AAAAGUCAAAGUAAAAUCUGUGAAAGCUCUCAGAUGAAAUCAUAUUUGAUCUACUUUUAUUUUCCAGGUUCCUAACAGGAAACGUGGCCGCGCUACAGGAAGUAGCCUCUGUUGAUAGCUAGCUGCUAUGCUAACCGUCCGAGCUGUUUGGUCCGUUUCGCGGUGUCGCUAGUUCACCGAGGAGACGACGCUAGGCUAGCUGGUUACCAGUUCACCCAGCGGAGGAGCAAAGCGCUGCUGUGAACGUAAUGACUCAGCCAUACUCAGAGGUCAGGUGGUAUUCUUAGCAGUAGCCUGUGCGCCGAGCCAGAGUCCGACAGGCAGACAUGGAGACUCGGGGGAUUGAGGACAUGUUUGACUUUCGUCGGUUUCCCAAAGACGCCGCGGUUCUCCUGCUGUUGCUCAUCUACUCUCCAGUUGGGAUUUGUUUGAUGUUGAUGCGGAUCUUUAUUGGGGUUCACGUUUUUCUGGUCAGCUGUGCGAUCCCAGAAAGCUUUGUGCGAAGAUUUGUCGUCAGGGUUAUGUGCUCAGUUCUUGGGAUGCACGUGAGGCAGAGAAAUCCUCGCUCCCGAGAUAAAAACACCAAGCUCUACGUGUGCAAUCAUGUGACAGAGUUUGACCAUAACAUUAUCAACCUCCUGACCCCCUUCAAUACUCCCCAGAUGGAGGGCUCCACAGGCUUCAUGUGUUGGGCCAGGGGCUUCAUGGAGAUCCAUUCAGCAUCGAGCCAGGAAGCAAUAGAAGAGUCUCUUCAGAGGUACUGCUCAACUGAGGGCGCCCCGCCUUUGCUCGUCUUUCCUGAGGAAGACACGACGAAUGGCCGGGCCGGUCUGCUCAAGUUCAGCUCGUGGCCUUUCUCCCUGACUGAAUCCAUCCAACCUGUGGCCUUACGGGUGUCCAGACCUCUGCUUUCUUUGAGCACAGUAGAGUCCAGCUGGCUAAUAGACCUCUUGUGGACAUUUUUCGCUCCAUGUACAGUGUAUCAUGUAAGUUGGCUCCCACCGGUCUCCAGACAAGAUGACGAGUCCACGCAGGAGUUUGCCAACAAAGUCCAAGAGCUUCUUGCCAUUGAACUUGGACUGGUCUCCACUAAGAUCACUAAAGCUGAUAAAGCAGAACACAUCAAAAGGAAAAGACAUUCAGCACCACAAACAACUACAAGUGCCACAUCUGGCUCCAUCGGGCUUGGAUUCAUGGCCCCGAGUUUGGGUUCAGAUGACCACCGCAUUGCUAAAAUGGCCCAGCAAGUGAAGGACGUGCUGCCACAUGUCCCGAUCAAUAUCAUCACAAGGGACUUAGCUAAAACCAACUGUGUUGACGCCACAAUAACAAACCUCCUAGAGAGCAAAGAGGAAGCAUCAGCGGGGGCUACAGGGACGUCAACAUUUGGAUCUUCCAGGAUCAGCUCCUUUCCUUCUGGUUCCUCUCCAACCAUAAAGCCUGCUGCCAACACCUUUGGGAGGUCACCCAUUGAUAGACAUUUGUCUCUCCAAGAAAGAAAAGAGGCGUUGUAUAAAUACGCAAGAAGACGUUACAUUGAGAAGCACGGACUGGAGCUGGAGGACAGCCACUGAACAAACGUUCGAUUAAACCAUUGUUGGAAAGUGUCCUGCUGUCUACUUUGAAGAGUGAUUUUUAUUUCCUAUCCACCCAGUCGAGCUGGAAAAAAAAAAGCUGGUUUUGUUAUUUGCAAAUAAUGGCAACGAGUAUUCAGAACAUGUAUACAUUCAUGGAACGGUGAUUUAUGCAUGUGUUUAAUUCUUCAUCCUGGCUGAGACAUAAUUUUGAUAACUGUUUGUAUAACAAUCCACUGACUGUAAAUCAUCUAUUUAUUUUUAUAAUGUCAGAGUUGUCAAAAAUAAAGUUCAGCUUGACCUUGCUUUGAAGAUAUUAUUUCAAAAA